UAGGGUUCUAAACCCUUCCAUCUCCUUCACUUUAAAAUAAACCCACCACACACAAUGCAACAUUCCCACCGUCUUUCUCACACUGUGUUUCUUUCCCGCUCCGCCGCUCUCUCUCUGUGACUCUCUCACUAUGUAUCGCUUCGCUUCAAGCCUCGCUUCCAAAGCUCGGGUUGCUAGGAACGGUGCCCAUCAGAUUGGUGGUAGGUUGAGUUGGAGCAGAAACUAUGCAGCUAAAGAUAUUAAAUUUGGGGUGGAGGCCCGAGCCCUCAUGCUCAAUGGUGUUGAAGACCUAGCUGAUGCUGUUAAAGUCACAAUGGGUCCUAAGGGGCGCAAUGUGGUUAUUGAGCAAAGCUAUGGUGCACCCAAAGUAACAAAAGAUGGUGUGACCGUUGCAAAAAGUAUUGAGUUUAAGGAUAAAGUUAAGAAUGUUGGAGCUAGCCUUGUAAAACAGGUUGCUAAUGCGACAAAUGAUGUAGCAGGUGAUGGUACUACUUGUGCUACGAUCCUGACCAGAGCUAUCUACACUGAAGGAUGCAAAUCUGUUGCUGCUGGUAUGAAUGCUAUGGACUUAAGACGUGGUAUUACCAUGGCAGUUGAUUCUGUAGUAACCAACUUGAAGAGCAGAGCCAGAAUGAUAAGCACUUCUGAAGAGAUAGCGCAGGUUGGAACGAUAUCAGCAAAUGGCGAGAGGGAAAUUGGUGAAUUGAUUGCAAAGGCCAUGGAGAAGGUUGGCAAGGAGGGAGUAAUCACGAUUGCUGACGGGAAAACAUUGUAUAACGAGUUGGAAGUUGUCGAGGGCAUGAAGCUAGACCGGGGCUAUAUAUCUCCUCAUUUCAUCACCAACCCGAAAAAUCAGAAAUGUGAAUUGGAAGAUCCACUGGUUCUAAUCCAUGAGAAGAAAAUCUCAAAUAUUAAUGCUGUGAUUAAAGUAUUGGAGUUGGCUCUGAAGAAGCAAAAGCCUUUACUAAUUGUCGCAGAAGAUGUGGAAAGUGAUGCACUUGCAACACUUAUAUUAAAUAAGCUUCGUGCUGGAAUCAAGGUCUGUGCAAUCAAAGCCCCUGGUUUUGGUGAAAAUAGGAAAUCCAAUAUGCAGGAUCUUGCAGUUCUCACUGGUAGCACAGUUAUCACUGAAGAGCUGGGUUUGAACCUCGAGAAAGUGGACUUGGCUAUGCUUGGAACUUGCAAAAAGGUCACAAUUUCAAAAGAUGACACCGUGAUUCUUGACGGUGCUGGUGACAAGAUGGCACUUGAGGAAAGAUGUGAACAGAUUCGCUCAGCUGUUGAAGCAAGCACUUCCGAUUAUGACAAAGAGAAAUUACAAGAGCGACUGGCAAAACUUUCUGGUGGUGUUGCUGUAUUGAAGAUUGGAGGAGCUAGUGAAGCUGAAGUUGGUGAGAAGAAGGACAGAGUUACUGAUGCCCUGAAUGCCACCAAGGCAGCUGUUGAAGAGGGUAUUGUACCAGGUGGUGGUGUUGCACUCCUCUAUGCAGCUAAAGAGUUGGACAAACUUUCAACUGCUAACUUUGAUCAGAAGACUGGAGUUCAGAUCAUUCAGAAUGCACUAAAGGCACCUGUCCACACAAUUGCAUGUAAUGCUGGAGUUGAAGGAGCUGUUGUUGUCGGUAAGCUCUUGGAGCAAGAUAAUCCUGAUCUGGGAUAUGAUGCAGCUAAAGGUGAAUAUGUUGAUAUGGUAAAAGCUGGUAUCAUAGACCCAUUGAAAGUGAUUAGGACUGCUCUAGUGGAUGCUGCAAGUAUUUCAUCUUUGCUGACAACCACUGAAGCCGUCGUGGUUGAUCUUCCUAAUGACAAGGAGACCCCGGCAAUGGGCGGUGGCAUGGGAGGAAUGGAUUAUUGAUGGCUGCCAUGUUCCAAACUCAGUUCAGAGUAACUGGCGUGUGUCAAACUAGCAUUAAUGUGUUCACUACAUUAUUAGUUUGUGUCGCAAAUAGAGUUUUGGGUCUGAAGGUGUAGUCAUAUUGAGGAUCAGUGUGUAGGUAGAUCCUGUAAUACAGGAUAAGAGAAGUCGGGCAGAAUUUCAAACUAAAUGUAUCCAUUAUUUUCAAUUAAUAAAGACUGUUAUUUUCUCCA